GAGAGUAUAUAAAACAGUGUUGGUAGACAUGUUCCCUGUCCACAACGAGUUUACAGUCUAGAGGGGUUAGUACAGCUCACGUUGCGGAACCAUAUCUUAACUGGCUCUGCCUCAACUGCUGAUUUUUUAUUUUGUUUUUUAAUGGUAUUCGUUAAGCACCCAUUGUGUGCUAAGCGCUGGGGUAGAUACAAGCUCAUCAGGUUGGACACAGUUCAUGUCCCACGUGCGGGUCACGUGCGGCUCAAAGACUUAAUUCCCGUUUUACAGAUGAGGUUACUGAGGCACAGAGAAGUUGAGUGACUUGUCCAAGGUUACAAAGCAGACAAGUGCUGUUGAAUGGCUGUUGAGCAUCGCAAGGUUUAGAACAUCACGCCUCCUGCAUUAUUGUAUGCUGAUUGUGUGAUGUCCCUUAGGAGACAAAAAUAAACCAUCAUAGCAGAAUAUAACAGAACAUUGAUUACACCAGAAAUAAUGCUACAGUUUUCCUUGCUUAUCUCCUAGCUGUCGCUUAAACUGAAAAAGUCUCGAUGGCUUUGGGUCACUUCAUCCUCUCACCAAUUUGCUCGCAAAACGAAAUAAGAAGCAAAAUUGGAAGUUUUAUUUGGGAGCAGAACCAUUUCUUGUUAAGACAGGUUUCAGCCACCCCACAGUACAACCAGUAUCGUCUGAUUCCUUACCCGAAGCGUCCGCACAACCGACCCCGACAUUCCAGCCAAACCAAACAGGAUGGUGAGUUAGUACGCACUAAAAGAAGUAUCCUUGGGGACAAGAGUGAACUAGAAAUUCAGCCCCAAGAAGACUUCCCUAAAAGCCCAAAAAGACAUUUCUCAGGAUCUUCAGAUGUGGGAAAGCAGCAUUCUAAUACUCUUCAGAAUUACCCAGUAAACAACAUGGUAAUAGAUUACAUAUCGGUCGAUGAGCUGAAGAAAUUCCGUGGGGAUCUACAUGACUUCAUUCCUGGAACCUCAGGAUAUGUGGCUUAUAUUCUAAAUGAAAUGGACAAUUUCUCUGUGCUAAAAAACAAAUUAAAGAAAAAAUGAUCAGUUAUUCUAAUUAAAAUUGUACCUCCAGCUUACUGAAAAGCAUCCUGUAUAAUAUUCCCCUUUUUUCAAGCCAGGGGAAAGAAUUCAGAUUUGGAAGUCAAAAGAUCUGAGGUCUAGUCCCAGCUCUACUACUGACCUGCCAUGUGGCCUUGGGCAAGUCACUUAAUCUUUCUGGACUGCCAUUUCCUCAUCUCUAAAAAUGGAAAUUAUACGGUUAUAGCGGCCUCUCCUUACCUCACAAGGAUGUUGUGAAGCUAACGAGAGGAAAAAUGAAAAAAGCUAUAGAAACUCAAGGUACAAUUAUUAUUAUUAAAAGUAAAAGUUGUAUUUCCCCAUCCAUCCCCCAUAUUAUCCAUAUUGAUAUGAGGUAAAAGUUAGCCUUUAGGACACUUAGAAGAUGAAUUCUGGAGUGGGUUCCAUAACCCUAAUUCAGCACUCAUCAAAUGAUUCCCCAGGACCCUGUUAUUGUGGAGGAAGGCUCAUUCCUUUUUAAGGCUAGUAUUUUGCUCUUUCUUUGCCUAAACACUCCUUUGGACCUAAAAAAUAUAUACUGAAUGUUUUCUAAGUUCACAAGUUCUACAUUACUACUGCUCAGUAAUUGUUCAUGGUAGUUCUGGAUGGAAUUGAAUCUUGUUUAGAAAUUUGGGGAAGCUGGGAAUCUGAAUAAUUGUUUCUGACUUUAGAAUAUUAAAUGAUAUUGUUCAUUAACAACUGAGAAA